CCUGACCCUUACCCCCCUUCAGUAUACACACACCUUGUCAAAGGAGCAGAACUGCUCGCAGGGGUGCUUGCGGAUCUUUGUCCUGCCGCGACCGUGGGAGAGGGGUGCCGGGGCGCGGGGAGCGCGCUCCAUCCCCUGGCCGUUGCGGGGGAUGUUCCCUAUCCCCAGAGCAGCUCCGGAGUCUAGGAAGGAGCCCCGUGUUGCCAGGUGCACGCCUGCUCCCUUAGGGGCGCCGGGGCUGCCAUGGCCCCCAGCCACCUGUCGGUGCGGGAGAUGAGGGAAGAUGAGAAGCCCCUGGUGCUGGAGAUGCUGAAGGCUGGCGUGAAGGACACGGAAAACCGAGUGGCCCUCCAUGCCCUGACACGGCCACCCGCCCUGCUCCUCCUGGCGGCGGCCAGCAGUGGCCUGCGCUUCGUCCUGGCCUCCUUCGCCCUGGCCCUCCUCCUGCCCGUGUUCCUGGCUGUGGCAGCCAUGAAGCUGGGCCUCCGGGCCCGGUGGGGCUCGCUGCCUCCUCCGGGUGGCCUGGGGGGGCCCUGGGUGGCAGUGUGCGGCUCCGGUGACGUGUGUGGGGUCCUGGCCCUGGCUCUGGGCUCCAAUGCUGGGGAUGGGGCCCGGGUCACCCGCCUCUCUGUUUCCCGCUGGCACCGUCGCCAGGGUGUGGGCAGGCGGCUGCUGGCCUUCGCGGAGUCCCGGGUACGCACCUGGGCAGCGGGGGCAGGGGAGCCCCGAGCCCGCCUUGUGGUCCCUGUGGCUGUGGCAGCUUGGGGUGUGGCUGGGAUGUUGGAGGGCUGUGGCUACCAGCCUGAGGGGAGCUGGGGCUGCAUGGGCUACACUCUGGUGAGGGAGUUCAGCAAGGACCUGUGACUCUGAGCUGGGCACCUACUGUGUGCAUGGGUACCUACUGUGUGCAUGAGCACCUACUGUGUGCAGCGGGCACAUUCAUGUCUUCCCUGUGCAAAUCCCCAGGCCACCUAGAGCCGAGAAACUCAGGCCUGCAGAGGGCAAGAGACCCAACUGCAGUCUCAGGGUCGUCCGUGACGUGUGAACUUCUCUGAGAGGUCAGCCUGUCCAACCCCUGGCCUCAGGUUCUGCCUGCACUGAGAAAUCUCUCCCGUCUGUCUGUUUCAAGUGGGGUCGAGGCCCCUGCAGGCGGGGUGGGGUUUGGAGCCUAUGUUUGAAGGGGAUGGGUCUGGAGCCAGAGGGAUGAGCAGAGCGUCUGCGGGAGAGGUUUUUCUCCGGGACAGCCCCGGCCAGGAGGGGGCGAGCCCAAGGGCUGCCCGGCAGCCCCUCCCUGGGGGAAGGUCGGGGCUGAGAGGGGCAGCCAGACCCGUCUGGUUUUUUUACACCCGAUUGUUAAUAAAGCCUGAAGCUGCUCUGCGCCUGCCUGG